GAUGAAGAUGAUAACGCAAAGCUUUUACUGCGGUCGGCUUUUCGCUUCUGCUUGUACGAGUAGCCUGAAAUCGAGCUUUGGGUCGAAUGGGGCACUAUGGCCACUGCGGCUUGGUAAUGUGUCCGAGAUUCUUUGGCCCGCCAUAAAUGCCGCCUGGUCUGUAAGUUUGCUCUCUUUUAUCCCCACCAAUCACCACUCCCGUCCUGUUAUGUCUCAAUUCUCACGUACUGCUCAAUCCUUGUGGAGGACGGGUCCACAAAUGUCGUCUAAUUCUUUCGCGCCGGCAAGUGCCCCAACCUCUUCCCCUGAUACCAGUGAGUGCAAGGCAGACUCUGAUAGCGAGGACGAGUAUACCCUCUCUGCAUAUGGAGAUGUCUCUUUGACCGACGCGUACGUUAUUCCUGGAACCCCUUCUACCAAGAAGCCUCGUUUGAAGCCAAAGAUUAAGAAGCCUCCCUUGCCCGGGCGACGAAACAGCGACGACGAGGAUGAAGAGGAUGACAGUGAACCGUUCUCGCCGUCUCUUUUUUUCAACUACUUGCGCACAACAUCUACGAGAGCCGCUGAACUCACUUCUGGUGAUGAUUUCAAGUCCUUCUUUGAUACACUCAAGAAUGGUCGCGAUUUUACUCGAAAACAGAAGAUUGGCGCCUCGUCAAAAGAUAACUCCGCAAGAUACCUGGGCUCCGAGGAGCAAGUUCUGAAAUCGAGUGGCUCAAAACAUGCUGGCAAACAAUCCUCUGGGAACUCGGACAGUCUUUGUCCUUCGACCUCUCGUCUUCGCCACCGUCGAUUACCUCUGCCCCCUUGGGAUGAGCCAGCGUGAACAUUGAAUGGCCCUACGAACCGAUUCAUUUGCCAGUUCAAACGGAAAGCACCAAUUGUUUUCUAGUAUGAUGGUCUUUAUGCAAUCAUGUAUUCUUCUACGAUGUAGACCCAAUCCUAUGCAUUUCAGUC